AUGAUUUCCAAUCAAUUUGAUGCGUGUAGUUUUAUUGCUAAUGUUAGGGAAGUUAAUGAAAAAGAUGGCAUACUUCAGUUACAACAAACACUUUUGAAUGAUCUUUUGAAUCUUAGAGAUAUGAAUGUGAAAGAUGUUGAUAAUGGAAUUCUCAUGAUCAAGAAAAAGUUAUGUCACAAAAAGAUUCUUUUUGUUCUUGAUGAUGUAAAUGAAUUAUGCCAAUUGAACAAAUUAGUUGCAGAGCACAAUUGGUUUGGUUUGGGUAAUAGAGUUGUUAUCACAACAAGAGAUGUGCAUUUGCUAAUGACACAUAAAGUUGAUGGAAUAUAUGAGGUUGAAGGAUUGAGUUUUGAUGAAGCUUUUCAUCUUUUUAAUUCAAAAGCUUUUGACAAAGAGCAUCCUGUAGAAGAUUAUCUAGAGCUGUCCCAAGCCUUUAUACAUUACGCUAAUGGUCUUCCUUUAGCCAUUGAGGUUUUGGCUUCCUUUCUGUACAAUAGAAGCACAUAUGAAUGGGAAAGUGAAUUAGAUAGGCUUAAAGAAUUUCCUACAGAAAAAAUUCUCAACGUACUUCAAUUAAGUUUUGACGGACUACAAGAAACAGAGAAGGAAAUUUUUUUGCAUAUUGCGUUUUUCUGGAAUUAUAUAAAUCGAGAAACUAUUAUAGCAAUAUAA